ACCUUAAACGCCUGCAAAAAUCCAAAACAUUUUUCAUGUUACAAAAGUUAUUUUCGUUUUUUUAUUACCGGAACACCCAGUUUCCCGGUCGUAACGAUUACGUAUUUCAAAUAACUCCACGUGUUAGCUUAUAACACCAUUAGAUCACCAACCAAUACUUAAAUCCUCUCCUAUGUAAACACCUUUACCCUUCUCAAUUCUUUCCAGUAGUUCUCUUAUUUUCUCUUUCAACAACAAUCCACCGUUAACGUUCUUUCUCUUAGCUUUUCUUCAAUUGCCUUAUAUGAUACAAGAAACCGGCAUGGUUGCAGAGCAAAUGACGGGUUGUUUAAACAGACCCAAGUUGGGUGCUCUCUUGCACUCUGAUCCUGCAAUCUUUCCUAACCAAGAAGAUGAUAAUAAUUACUCGUUUAGCCAAAAAAACAGUUCAGCUUCUCUUUCAAGCCCUAGAUCACCUAGAAGUGGUGAAGCUUCUCCUUAUAUGAUGUCUCCUUGGAGCCAGCCAUCUCCAUAUUCUAAAUCUCCAUGGAUAAUACCAUCUCCAAUGAUUAUCAACCCUAAACACAACAACAAUGGUCUUGUUGGAUCCAUUGUACGCGAAGAAGGUCACGUUUAUUCUUUAGCUUCUUCUGGUGGUUUAUUGUAUACUGGCUCUGACAGCAAGAACAUACGAGUAUGGAGGAAUCUGAAGGAGUUCUCGGGAUUUAAAUCAAAUAGCGGUUUAGUUAAAGCCAUUGUUAUAUACAAAGACAAGAUUUUCACUGGUCAUCAGGAUGGCAAGAUCAGAAUCUGGAAGACGUCUGCUAAAGACCCUAGUGUUCAUAAAAGAAUUGGAAGUUUACCUUCUUUCAAAGAGUACAUCAAGAAAGCUGUUAACCCUAAAAAUUACGUAGAAGUUCGCAGACAUCGAAACGUUCUACGAAUAAGGCAUUUCGACGCGGUUUCUUGUUUGAGCUUGAAUGAAGAUCAGGGUUUGUUCUACUCAGGAUCCUGGGAUAAAACCCUGAAAGUAUGGCGGCUUUCAGACUAUAAAUGUCUGGAAUCAAUCAACGCGCACGAUGACGCGAUAAACUCAGUUGUUACUGGGUUUGAUUCAUUGGUAUUUACAGGUUCAGCUGAUGGAACAGUGAAAGUAUGGCGAAGGGAGCUUCAGGGAAGGGGAACAAAGCAUUUUUUGGUUCAAACACUGUUAAAACAAGAAAGCGCGGUAACGGCAUUGGCAGUAAAUCAAGAAUCAGCUGUGAUUUACUGCGGUUCUUCUGAUGGAUUGAUAAAUUUUUGGGAACGUGAAAAGCACCUAUCACAUGGUGGGGUCCUCCGGGGUCACAAAAUGGCCGUCCUGUGUUUAGCUACGGCCGGUAAUUUGGUGUUGAGUGGGUCCGCGGAUAAAAGCAUAUGUGUAUGGAAGAGAGAGCCCAGUGGGGUCCACAUUUGCUUGUCGGUUUUGAGUGGUCAUGGUGGGCCAGUGAAAUGCUUAGCCGCUGAAGAAGACGAUCAUCAUCAGUACUCCGACAAAGGAGAUCAACGGUGGAUAGUAUACAGCGGAAGCUUAGACAAGUCCGUAAAGGUUUGGCGCGUGUCAGAAAGCAUACACGCAUCAGAUUUAAGAGAGAACCAUCACCUCCAAUCACCUACGCUAAGUUAUUCUUCACCGACCACAAACAAAGGCCAUUAAAUCACAGUUAGAAAUGAAAGAUGAGUCGAGCUAAAUGGCGCGUGAAAACACGCGGAGCCAAAGGACAUUGCCAUUCUAUAGGGUGGGUCCUAUACAUAUACAGUGUCAUUGAGAUAGGGGGUACAGCGAUGGUUUAGGAAAUGGAAUGGACCAUUUGGUUAUAAGAUAUUAGAGGCAACAACCACAAAAUUGCAAGCAACCAACCAUCCUUUUUUUUUAUUAUUUUUAUUUUUAUAAAUUAGGGUUUCCUCAUGAGUGAAGCAAUGUGGACAUUUUCUUGUGUCCUAUCCUCAAAAACAUACGUGGAAGAACCAGAAAACUAGCCAUCAAAUAGUAGUUUGGUGUGGAAGUUUGUUUAUAUGGUAGAAUAUAUAGUUGUAAAUAUAUAUAUAUAAUUUGAAUUUUGUAUAUUUUAUCAUCUAUGGCUUGUAACAAAGUUAUUCAGAAGUGUACAAAAUUAAUUUCUACAAAA